GGAAGCCGGUCGUUUCCUGGUGACGUCAGGUAAACAGAGGGGCGGAGCUCUUCACUCGAGGCGACGUUGACGACGAGAGAAGAAGACGAGCUCGUCACCAAACGACCGGAGCGUGUCGGCUAUCCUACCUCGGACAACAUUAACAUUUAAUGUAUUUCUUUUAAAAACUUUACUAAUUUAGUCUCUCACGGUCGGUCUGGACUGCUGUCAAGUACGGACAACAGUUAACCCACAGUUAACGGCAAGUGGACGGAGGACGAAAGCGGAAGAACUUUCCCUUUAGCAUUAGUUAGCUGAAGUAGUUAGCCUGACAAGUAGCUCCUGUAGCGGACUAGCUCGCUAAACCUCCUGGCUGUCAUGCCCGGCAUCACUCGAGAUUUCACUGCGUAAACGAGAGUAUCUUAUCGUUAGCUCUGUUAGCUUUUCAGACAGCACUUUGUACCAGCAGCCGAGGCGGCGUAGGCAGGGCGGACUGCACUUGGAGCAGUGACAGCUGAAGGUUUUGUGCUUUUUCCCUACGGGCGACCUGUCGUCUCAUACAUCCUCUUUUUAUUCCCCCCCCCCGAUCAGAUGAGAUGAGAUGAGAGGGAGCUUGUCGUACUGAGUGUCUGCGAAAUGAUCGUGGAGCUGUAACACAGCCAAAGCUUUUAAUAUAUCUCAAUCCGGCUCUUAAGGGAGUGUCAAGCUUUCUCUUUGCCAAAAAAAAAAAAAAAAGAAGGACGUCCGUCAAGACUGCAGACAUGCUGACUGACAGCAGGAAACGACACCGUAGCUGUGACAGUGAGGAGGACCAACAGCUGAGUUCUCAGGCCAAGAGGUCAGGAGGGGGUCCCAGCUUGCUUGUAUCGGAUUUGGACUCGGAGUCUUCCAGCAAUGACAGCAGUAACGGGAUCAGUAGUCCGGAGAGAGCAAUAGUGGUCAGCACCAGGCCGUGCAUACACAGCCAGAACAACCACACCACACAGUACUCGCUCAGCCCAAAGCCUGAAGACUCUGCUAGCUCCUUGCAGCAUGGUUUCCAUGGCGACAGCAGCAGCAGCGUCUCCUAUGACUACAUCAACAGAGUCCUGAGGGAGGCGCACUUUAGUAGUCUGCAGACCAGAGGGCGUCCUGGCUCAACAUGACCAUGACCUCUGACCCCUCUCCUGACCUUUUUGUUCCUCGCCCAUCAGUGCUGACACCGCUUGGCACGGUGGCUCCUCCUUGAAAGCCUCCAGCGACACACUCGGGUCAGGGGAGGGGAAAGGGGAUGACGUGUGGGGAGGUUUACAGAUUUUGGGCACAAAGGCUCGUCCCCACCUCACCAUAUACCAUUUGUCAAGACCAUAAGCACAUCCGCCUUUCCAUGGCCCUGCCACUGUGGUUUUCUGUGCAGUAUUGAUGUGUACAUGUGUCUGUGUGUGUGUGUGUAUGUGUGUAUGCAGCGCGCGCGUGUGUACGUGUACGCACCCUAUGCACUUUAUAAAGAGUUAUCAUUCUCUUUACAUGCGUGCGUUGAUGCGUGGACAUUUUUCAUUGGUGCUAAUCACAAGAAAAGUGUGAUGAUCCAAAGUGCUUGCAAAACUAAAUAAAGCUAAGCACUUUACUCAAUAACUCCUCAUUUUGUUUACUCUCGAGUGGGGAGGUCAGUCGCAUGUUUGCAUCCGUGGAGUGGGGAGUUGUAGUGAUCCCAUUCACAAAGAGGCCAAUGGAUUUGUUUUCUCUCACCAAAGUUUAGUGUAGUUGCAGUUAUUUUACUAUCUAAAUGAAUCCAUAAUGUUUUGGUGUGGCAGGUCACUGGGUUCAAGGUAAUGGAACAUGCAUUCCUCAUGAGCCUCACCACCAAAAUCCAACCUCAGAUUAGACCCUGGCUAAUUAUAGAGCUGUGAGAGCACUGGAGUCUGCAGCUCGGGCAGAGGCACACUCACCACAGUGUUUCCAACAGCCUCAAGAAACAGCUCUCAGUUUGUAACCAUGCGUUUACUUCUUUAACAUUUUACACAUCAUGUGUGUUGUAAGCCUGUCAGCCAUACUUGGUUUUUGUAUGGUUUAAUAUGACCAGCACACUGUGUUGCAAAUAAAAUGAGAGCUGUGAAAGUGAUUCAUAUUUUAUGUAAUUUUCCAAAUCAUUUGACAUUGAAAUAAAGCGUUGCUGAAAGUCA